AUGAGUAUUGCAAAGACGGCCAUUGAAAAGACACGAGAUAACGCCAAUCCAAAUCACUUCGUAGGCGAAGAACAAGCUAAAGCUAUAGAAUUUUUGAGUAAACAGUACGACGAUCUACAUGCUUUUCGCAAACAAGCCAGCCAAGACCUUAAUCGCAUCGACAAAAAUCUAGAUAAGGUCAGCAGAAGGUGUGAUGAAAUUGCCGAAGCAAUUGAAGCGAGCGAAGAAUACAGUUACCAGUAUAAUAUAAAAAUAACUAAUGUACCUCAAAUCAGUGAAAGGGAAUCGGUAGAAGCUACAGCUAAACUUUGUGUUAAGCUAUUUUCAGCUAUGGGCGUGGAAGAUGUCUCUCUUCAAGACAUAGACAUUGCACACCGCGUUCCUCAUCGCAGGGUUUCACAGUAUCCCGAUGCAAUAAUAUGCAAGUUUGUUCGAUGA